UUACUCGCGAGUCAUUGGACCAAAAGGCAUCCCAGCCUCAGCAUUCAUUCACGCACACAACAAGCCAUGGAGUAAUACUUCCUUCAAUUUGUGCUGGAUUUCAUUCACUGCAGUUUUCAUCUCAAACGUUGGUAGUCAUGGUGACAGUCUCUUGAUGUCGGAAUGCUAAGUAACAGGAAGAUGACAUCAGUGUCCCCUACCCACAGUGACGGCAGCGCCAGCUCGUCCAAACAUGACAACCAUCAGGACAGCUGGGAGAUCAUCGAGGGCCUGAAGGGUAACCCUGGCAACAUCCAGGAGCCAGAGAAACAGGAGGGCUUCCUGCUCAAGAGGAGGAAAUGGCCCAUGAAAGGAUGGCAAAAGAGAUACUUCUUGCUGGAGAAAGGCAUUCUGAAGUACUCAAAACGUGGAGCUGAUAAGGGCAAGCUGCAUGGCUGCAUUGAUGUGGGGCUGUCUGUCAUGUCAAUCAAGAAGAAAACCAAGGCCAUAGAUCUGGACACCAACAACAACAUUUAUCACCUCAAGGUGAAGUCUGACAAGUCUCAGGAAAUGAAGUCACAGCAGCUGUUUGAUGAUUGGGUAUCAAAGCUGCGACAUCACCGUGUCUUCCGUCAAAACGAGAUCGCGAUGUACCCCCACGAGAGGCUUCUAUUCCACCCCUCCUCACACCUCUCUCCCAACCCCAACGACUCCAUGAGACAGCGCCACUCCAGUCUGGCUAAGCAGGCGUCAGUUGUCCAACAGGCUAAGUUCAGUGCCUGGCUCCACUCCUCAGAAGACAUGGAAAAGUGCUGCAGAGAUUUAGAGGAGUGUGAGUCUUACCUGUUGGAACUCAACCUGUUACUGAAGAGUAUGGAGGUUCUCCACCGCACUUACUCUGCCCCCGCCAUCAGCCUCAUGGCCUCAACAUACGACAUUCCCAAGAAGGAGAAGAGGGGUCCCAGGAAGUGGCGUUCAAAAAAUACCAAAGAUACCAAAAAAGAUAUCAUAGCCACGCUACAGGUUCCUGGCUGUGUCUCCCCACCUGCCUCUCCUCAUCUCCAUACCUCCCACCCAAAUCUCUCUACUGUUGAAGCUAACAUCCAGGAGGCCUUUGCUUUCCUGGACUCCCCAGACUCACCUACUGAUGCCAACCGCCUCCAGGAGGACUUCUGCAGGCUCGCUAACAACAUUCACUCCACUCUGCGGUCAGCCUAUAGUUCUCUGUCAGCAGAGAGAGACAGAGUGAGACAUACUAUUGACCUGAAGGCUCCUCCUCCAGCACAGGUCAUGGGCCUCAAGACUGACUAUGGCUCAGUGAGUAAGGAUCUCCCAGAUGGAUCCCGCCCCCUUGUCCACCAGGUGUCCAAUGAGAGUCGAGCGUCCAUCCCUGAGUCCAUGUCCGAGUUCUUUGAUGCUCAGGAGUACCAGCUGACCUCCAGCUCCUCUGAGAACGAGGCCUCUGAUGAUGACUCAUAUAUCAGCGACGUCAGCGACAGCCUUUCCAUGGACAACGGCUACAGCAAUGAGAGAGGAAGCGAGAGACAUGACUCAGCAGGCUCAGGAGGAAGUGGUGUUCAGGUGGCCCGCAGGCGGACUACCCUCCCCUCCCCCCAGCCCAGCAGCAGCAGUGUCAGUCUAUGGAACAUCCUCAAGAACAACAUAGGGAAGGACCUGUCCAAGGUAGCCAUGCCUGUUCAGCUCAACGAGCCUCUCAACACACUACAGAGACUGUGUGAGGAGGUGGAGUACUCUGAGCUGCUGGAUACAGCGAACCACACACAGGACCCGUACCAGAGAAUGGUGUAUGUGGCGACGUUUGCGGUGUCUGCGUACGCCUCCAGUUACCACCGGGCAGGAAGUAAACCCUUUAACCCCGUCCUAGGAGAGACCUACGAGUGUGACAGACCUGACAAGGGCUUCCGGUUCAUAGCAGAACAGGUGAGCCAUCACCCACCUGUGUCAGCAUGUCACUGUGACUCUAACAACUUCACUUUUUGGCAAGAUGUCCAGUGGAAGAAUAAGUUCUGGGGGAAAUCCAUGGAGAUUGUUCGCAUUGGAACCACUCAUGUGACCCUGCCAGCGUUUGGGGACCACUAUGAGUGGAACAAGGUAACUUCCUGCAUCCACAACAUCCUGAGUGGCCAGCGCUGGAUAGAACACUACGGAGAGAUGUCAAUCAAAAACACCAGCAGUGACGACUGCCAGUGUAAAGUGACUUUCGUCAAGGCGAGAUCGUGGAGCUCAACGGUUAACGAGAUAGAGGGCAUGGUCACGGACACAGGGGGGCGUGUCAUCCACUCCUUCUUUGGCAAAUGGCACGAGGGCGUGUACCAAGGAGUCCCACCUUCUGCUAUUUGCAUCUGGAGAGCAAACCCCAUGCCUGUGGACCAGGACCAGUACUAUGGCUUCACUCAGUUUGCUGUAGAGCUGAAUGAGCUUGACGCUGCCCUGAAGCCCCUCCUACCCCCCACAGACACACGCUUCCGUCUCGACCAGAGGUGUUUGGAAGAAGGAAACGUUGAGGGGGCUGAGGAGCAGAAACGGAGGAUAGAGGAGCUCCAGAGGGGGAGGAGGAAAGUCCUGGAGGAGAACAAUGUGACACACAAACCACGCUUCUUCAAGAAAUCAAAGGAUGACACGUGGCUGAGCUCUAAUAUAUACUGGGAGCAGCGGAAGAACCCCAGGUUCAGCAGAGAGGACUUCCCUGUGCUGUGGUGACCUCUGACCUUACCUAUAACCCUGUGACCCCAUGGGAGCACAGAUCUAGGGUCAGAUUAUUUUCGCCUACAACAAACCUUAACCAAUACAGGGAAAACUCAAAACUGACCUUAGGUCAGCACUUGGGGACAACACUCUGUCCUGUUGACUAUGGACCGCUGAGUGUCAGGGCCCACGGCCAAAUUUGGGCUUCCUGCUUCUGUAGGUGGAGACGGAGACGGAGCUUUCACUUGACUCUGUGUUUAAAAGAAAAGAGCUUCCUGUUUUGUUUUUGUCAUUACUUUAGUCUAUCUUCAUUCAAUGUCAUCCUUUUCUCUGUAUAUUUGUCAAAUGUAUAUUUUAUGCUGUCACUUUAGUACGGAUGCAGUCCAGCCACCAAAGUGUCUUAAUCGAGCAAUAAGGCCCGAGGAGGUGUGGUAUAUGGUCAACAUACCACGGCUAUGCGGAGUGCCUGGAUACAGCAAUUAGCCAGGGUAUAUUGACCAUAUACCGCAAACCCCCAAGGUACCUUAUUAUUAUUAUAAACUGCUUACCAAUGUAAUCAGAACAGUAAAACUUUUAUUUUUUUUCUCAUACCCAUGGUAUACGGUCUAAUAUACCACAGCUUUCAGCCAAUCAGCAUUCAGGGCUCAAACCACCCAGUUUAUAAUAUGGAAUGAUUUACUACUCAGGGAAACCUGCUGUAGAUGAUUAUGCAAAUCCUCACUCACAGUUGGUGAGUUAAAGUGCCUCAUUGCACUUUUAUGAUGUCAUACCACUCUUAUUAAUGUAGUCUAAAGAAGCACACCGAUGGAGUCUUGUAACUAGGAGAUUGUACUUUUUCUAAAGGUCAAACACUUUACUGUACGAUUCUGUCCAAUCACAAUACAGACUGUCUUAACUCCUCAACCAUUGGCUGACAGAACUUAUGAAAUAAGGCCACAUGGAAAUUCAUAAGACUGAGUGUUAAUGCCUGUGUGCUGCCCUGUGAUAAGAUUAUAUGUACUGUAUAUCAGUAAAGUAGUAGAGCAUUAUCUAUGAAGAUGAACAAUAAAACAGUGGAACUGUUAUAAUAGAGUCAGAAUGACAACUUUGUGUGUGUGGUCAUGUGUUCGUUUGGCAUGUACAAUGCUUAAUUUGAGACAAAUUUUGUUCCGGAACCUACGUGUAUUUGGUCAGAUCCGGUUACUCUCAUGGCAUGAACAAUUAUUUUCAAUGUACAAAUUCUAAUAAAAGCAAUCAAAGUUC